UCUCGUGAAUCCAGCAUGCAACGACGGCCACGAAAACCGGCUCCGGUACCCGGCCCGAAGAUCACCGCCGAGAAACGUGGCCGAGGUCGGCCGAAAAAGGUCUUGGUGAGGAACGCCCCGCCGGAGUUCCCCACCUUCAAGAUUCCCCAGUCCAAGCUGGACAACGCGAGGCGCUUCCUGGCCACCGAUCCGGACCCGCUGGUGGACCGGGGCUGCUAUGGACACAUCUCCACCCGGCUCAACUCGACCAUCCCGUUGCGCAGCGUCAACAAUCUGGGGCCGACGAUGGACAUGGCGCGCUUCUGUGCCGUCCGCGGUCUUUGGCCCGAACUGAUGCAAACGGUGGCCAUCCAGUGCGAGCACCCGCGGGCGUACGAAACGGCGGCGGUCAUUCGGAACGCCCUCUACACGAUUCUGGCCGAUCCCACCCUGGCGGAACCGUCCUUUCUGCGAUCGUUCCUGUUGACGAAUCCGGCCUGCAGAAACGAGACCGACGUGGAUUACUGUAUCGAGCGGAUCCUGGAAGUCUAUCAGGGGGUCGCCUUGGUCCCAAAAUGGGCACUGCGGUCCAAGGACUCGAGAGGUGCAGAGGGAAACGAAGAAACGGCUACUGACAAAGAUUGAUUUAAUCUUCGAUUA